AUGCGCUGUUCUGUCUCUCGCAGUCUCUUUGUGUGUAUUAACGUUCUUUGUAAAAAUAUUGUCGUAAAUUUAUUCCUCUCCCACUCUCUCUAUUUUGGCCAAUAUUAUCUCGCUCUCUUUCUCUUUCGUCCUUUCUACUUUAUCCCUACGUUCUUUCUUUCCUUCUUUCUUCCUUUUUUCUUUGUCCCUACGUUCUUUCUAUUUUCCUUUCUUCUUUAUAUAUACGUUCUUUCUUUACUUAUUUCUUCAUUUGUUUUUUAUCCGUGUGUUCUUUCUUUUUUUCUUUCUUUCUUUCUCCCUACGUACUUUCUUUACUUCUUUCUUCUUUUUUCCUACAUUCUUUCUUUCUUUCUUUCUUCUUUCUUUUUCUUUAUCCCUACGUUCUUUCUUUCCUUCUUUCUUUUCUUCUUCUUUAUCCCUAAGUUCUUUCUUUCCUUCUUUCUUUCUUUCAUCUUUAUCCCUACGUACUUUCUUUCCUUCUUUCUUCCUUUCUUUUUUAUCCGUGCGUUCUUUGUUUGUUUGUUUCUUUCUUUGUUUCUUUAUCCCUACGUAAUUCUUUCCUUCUUUCUUCCUUUUUUCUUUGGCCCUACGUUCUUUCUCUCUUCCUUUCUUCUUUAUCCCUACUUUCUUUCUUUCCAUCUUUCUUCCUUUCUUUCUUAUCCGUGCCUUCUUUCUUUCUUUCUUUCUUUCUUUCUUUCUUUAUUUAUUUAUUUCUUAACCCCUAAGUUCUUUCUUUCCAUCUUUCUUUUUUUCUUUUUUAUCCUUCUUUCUUUCCAUCUUUCUUUCUUUCUUUUUUAUCCGUUUGUUCUUUCUUUCUUUCUUUCUUUAUUUCUUUCUUUCUUAACCCCUAAGUUCUUUCUUUCCAUCUUUCUUUCUUUCUUUUUUAUCCUUCUUUCUUUCCAUCUUUCUUUCUUUCUUUUUUAUCCGUUUUUUCUUUCUUUCUUUCUUUCUUUCUUUCUUUCUUUCUUUCUUUCUUUACCCCUAAGUUCUUUCUUUCCAUCUUUCUUCCCUUCUUUUUUAUCCGUUUGUUCUUUCUUUCUUUCUUUCUUUCUUUCUUUCUUUCUUUCUUUCUUUCUUUCUUUCUACGUACUUUCUUUACUUCUUUCUUCCUUUCUUCUUUAUUUCUACGUUCUUUCUUUCUUUUCUUCUUUCUUCCUUUCUUCUUUGAUGUCUAUCUAUCUAUCUAUCUAUCUAUCUAUCUCAGUCGGUUCAUUAUCUAUCUAUCUAUCUAUCUAUCUAUCUAUCUAUCUAUGUUUUUCUUUGUCUGUCUAUUUAUCCCUCUCUGUAUAUAUCAUUCUGUUCAUUAUCUAUCUAUCUAUCUAUCUAUCUAUCUAUCUAUCUAUCUAUCUAUCUAUCGAAAAGGAUAAUGGGAUGUCGGUAGGGGGUGGGGAGUUUUUCGGCACUCUCUUGCAUCUAUCUAUCUAUCUAUCUAUCUAUCUAUCUAUCUAUCUAUCUAUCUAUCUAUCUCGGUUUGUUCACAUCUAUCUCAACCUGUUCUAA